AUGUUUGUUUUUAUUUUGCAACUCUUCAUUACGGUAGGAAUUAUUUGGUGUUGGAAGAGUUGUUAUAGCUGAUAACGGACGUGAGAAGUGCUGUUCGGAAGGAACCAGAUCUGAGUCAGUUCAGCGAACUAGUCGAUCGCAAGAUUGGAGUAGUAAUAGAGCCGUUAAAUAUCAGUUAUCAGUACUCCAAUUUGACUGCUUCGGAGAACACAACAUGCGCUUUGAGUUUGCAUAGAGACAAUUGCAUGAAUAAAAUCAUAAAACAGAGCGACAAGCUGUCGUGGAACACACGGAUAUGUUUCAAAUGGAACUGUAACAACACAGGUAAACUGCUUACUCAGAAUUGAUGACGUUCGGCUUUAGAAGAUCAUGUGAUGCGAGUGCAAGAAUGUUGGACUGGAAGUGCCACCAAUCCGAUUUAUCUUAUCAAUAAAAAUGGCUGCAGUAGAGAGAAGACAAUGCUCAGUUCUCCGAAAUAUGAAAGAAAUCUUCUAACCGCAUACUCCGUUGGCUGGUUAUCUGUACGAUUAGUUGGAGCCGAUACGAUAAGAUUGUCUUGUUCUAUCCGGUUGUGCCAUAGAUGCGAUCCUCGCUGCUCCAAGUUUACGGUAACUGUCUCUGAUUGGUUUCAGAGGGGUUAAUGUAGACGCUGACUUAUUUAUUUUAGCCGCCGUUGAAUUGCGGAGAACCCGAGAAAUUACUUCGAACCCCAUUUACAAUCUGGGAUGAUAAGGAUUAUCUACGAAACAUCUGUCGACCCGAACAAGUGCAUACUUCAGGAAGUUCAAUAGCUUAUAGGGAGACCGUAGUCUUAACGAUACUUUUGGUGAAAUUAAAUUAUUGGAUUUAA